AUGUUCCGCCCAAGUGUCAUCAGCGAUCUGGUUCUUGAUUUGUACCAUGGGCGGUCCACGCAUACUGAAGAGUCCAAUGAAUUGCCAAAGUUCAAUCAACGACAAACGGCUCUACUUCGGAGGCUCGUGAACGGGUGGACAAGUAUCUACAUCGGGCCUUGGAACCUCGGCCAGGACGCUCUUCAAGCCUCGAGCUCGCUGACUGCCGCCACUCAUGUGUACCGCACAAGCCUGCCGGAUGAUCAGUGGAUCACCGAGGUGAAAACAUGGUGGUCGAUCUACCUUGCCGCAUUUCAACGCGUCUCGCUCGACUGGGCCGUCGGCCCUUCUGAGGCACAAUACAACCCAUACGUGACACGUCCCAACACGACGCUGCUUCAGAGCUUUUGCGGCAAGCAGACCUCCCUUCGACCGAGGUAUUUCAAUUUGAAUGUGCUGGGGAUGUUCUUCACCUUGUUCUUUGGUAUCGUGGUGAUUAUAAUGAGACCAAUGCUGCCUACGAUUUUGCGCAGGUUUCAGCUUCGUCCAGAUAGAGAACGCGGUCGGCUUGCAGCGCGCGCGUGGGAAACCCACGAGCUGCUGCAUCUACAUAAGCAGAGGCUCGAUGCGACCAAUGGCCAUGCGAAUUCGAGUGAUGGAACGACACAUGAGGAGGUCCCCCUGUUUCCCAGAUUGAAGAGAUCGAUGACCUGCUAG